GAAAUAUACGAAAUAUAAUCAGUAAAAAUUUAUCUGCGAUGGAGCAGAAAAAUUAUACUACCUUGGCUAUUACGGAGCCAUCGCCAUCAGUUUUCCAUGUUCAAUUAAAUAGAUCGAAUAAACUUAAUGCUCUUAACGGUACUAUGUGGCUAGAAAUUGGAGAAUGUUUUAAUGAACUUUCUAAUAAAUCCGAUUGUAGAGUGAUUAUUUUAUCAGGAUCGGGCAAAGCAUUUUGUGCAGGAAUAGACUUAAUGGAUGCUAUGAAAUUAUUUCAAGAAUUGGUUGAAUUACCCGAUGUUGCUAGAAAAUGUAAAGUUUUAGAAAAAAAAAUUAAGCAAUAUCAGGACUCGUUUACUGCUAUAGAGCAGUGCUCGAAACCAGUGAUCACAGCAGUUCAUGGAGCAUGCGUUGGAGGUGGCGUGGAUAUGAUUUGUUCCGCUGAUAUUCGAUAUUGCUCAUCGGAUGCUUGGUUUCAAAUAAAAGAAGUCGAUUUAGGAAUGGCUGCUGAUGUUGGAACACUACAGAGAUUACCAAAAAUAAUCGGCAGUCAAAGUUUAGUGAACGAACUUGCUUAUACUGGUCGAAAAAUGUUGUCUUCGGAAGCUCUUCAAAUUGGUUUUGUAAGCCAAAUUUUAGAUGAUAAAACGAGUUUAAUGGAUAAAGCUCUGGAUGUAGCUAAAGAAAUUGCAGCUAAAAGUCCAGUAGCGGUUCAAGGAACUAAACUGAGCUUAAAUUAUUCAAGAGAACAUACCGUUGGAGAAGGAUUGAAUCAUAUACUUAUGAGAAAUCAGAUUAUGCUACAAAGUGAAGAUUUUAUUAAUGCAGCAACAGCAUUAGCAACAAAAGGGGAUAAGCCAGUAUUUUCUAAAUUGUAAGUCAAGAUAUUUUCUUACUAGAUCCCCAUCAAUUAUUCCUCGUGCUGGAUUACCCUGCAUCCUAAUAGAAC